AUGCCAUCCACACCCGAGAUCAUUGCGGCCACCAGUUCAACGGUCGCCAGAGUGUGCGCCUACGUCUUUCUGCGAUGGAUUCCUGGGCACCAUUUCCCUCCUACCAUCCUUUCCGCGGUAGCGGUGUACCUGGCAUGUGUGUUUGGCGCAUCGGAGGGCUUCGGCCCCAGCAGACCGUCGUUACGCACGACGUUCCCUGAAGCGGUCCCCAAACAGAAUAACGCGACGGAACCGCAAAAAGAAGCCGGGGAGGCAGAGCAGACAGAAACGGAACAUGAUGAGCCAGUCUUGUACGAAGACGAGAAGUCGUUCUUCCGGACGUUCCUUCUAGGAAUACCUGACUGGGGAAAGCCGCGCUGGAGUUACACCACCAUCGCUACCAAUGUGAUACUGGCACUAUUCACCUUGGACAUGGUGUUUCGAGGACCUCUCCUACAUCCAGUCAAAGAUUUGAGCUUCACGCGGGUAGGAUAUGUGGGCUCCCACACGGCCAAAGUCCUUAUCCGAGAACCAGACCAAGCUCAGCUGCCAAUGUAUGUCUAUCUAUCACCAGCCGACAAGACAAACUGGCGGACCACCGACACCAUAUAUUAUCUUGGACCGGAUACAGAUUACACUCAUGCCAUCACUUUUGAAGACCUUGAACCGUCCAAGAAGUACAUAUAUUCGCUGUCCAACGACAAAUCGGGCACCUUUACCACAGCGCCAGCACCCAAUUCCGAAGCGGCCAACAGCCUAACUUUCGUCACCUCGUCUUGCAUCAAGGCGAACUUCCCCUAUAAGCCCUGGUCCCAUUCUCUGGCAUUCCAUGGCUUCGAGCACCUUUCGAAGGUUCUUCGAGGUUUGCCGUCACCAGCCUCUUUCAUGCUCUUCCUCGGCGACUUUAUCUACAUCGAUGUCCCCUUGCGUCUGUCCUCGUCCAUCCAACACUACAGGUCCGAAUAUCGACGGGUUUACGCCUCACCCUCAUGGUCUUUACCGGCACUCGACACUCUGCCCUGGAUCCAUACUCUUGACGACCACGAAAUUGCCAACGACUGGUCCAGCGGCAACGACACCGAUCCCUUCCCAGCUGCGUCGGACCCAUUCAUACACUAUCAUGUCUCUGUGAACCCACCACUCCCGCCAGGAUCAGCGGUAGGGCCGGAGGCGAACACCACAUAUUUCCAAUUCUCGCAUGGUCCUGCAUCGUUUUUCAUGCUCGACACGCGGCGCUACCGUAUCGACCCUGAGCCCACAUCAUCCUCCUCCACGUCUUACCUCAAUAAGCCACUCUACGGAUCGUCUUCCGAGCCUGGCAACCCUCCAGACCAUAAGUCACAUCACACGAUGCUCGGCUCAGCCCAACUGGCGUCUUUACUCAAGUUUCUAUCGACACCCGAACCACCACAUAUACACUGGAAGAUCAUCGCCUCAUCCGUCCCGUUCACCAAGAACUGGCGCUUCGGCACCUCCGACACCUGGGGCGGGUUCCUACGCGAACGAUCCGAGAUCCUGGCGGCAAUGCACGCUGCCGAGCGGGAGCUGGGUAUUCGGGUUAUUAUCCUCUCCGGCGACCGCCACGAGUUCGCCGCCAUCCGUUACCCGCCUCCAAUUAUCGACUUGGCCGCUUUGUUGCCUGUGCCGCAGCAGGUCAAGAGCAAGAACACAGCAGCCACCAAGAAGGCAUCAUCGUCAUCGUCAGUUGUAGGACACUCUCCACAGUCCAUAUCCAGCGUUGUCUACGACCGUACUCCGCAGGCCGGUCCGCACGAGUUUUCCGUCGGUCCACUCAGCAUGUUCUAUCUCCCCUUCCGGACAUUCAAGCAGAUUGACGAGGAAGAUGUGGCUAUCAAAUACUUGCCUGACGGGAAUAGCAAGGUUGGUGUUCUGGAGAUCAAAAACCUCCACGGCGAGCUGCAGCGUAGUUUGCUCAAGUACUCGUUGUACAUUGACGGGAAGCUGGCGUGGGAAUAUGCCCUUACCAGUCCGGCUGUAGGGUCGUCCCCGCAGCCCAGCUACAGCCGAAGUAGGACCAGAGGCACUUCUGAGUGGUUAUGGAGUUAG